AUGUCAACACUUAAAGAACGAAAAGAGGAGUUUGUUUCCGAUCUUACAGGAGGCUCAAUCUCCGAAAUAUACGUAGUUACUUUUGUGUCAUUGUUAAGUUAUAUCGCUUGGUGCUGGCUUAAACAGAGAACCAGUGUAUUUGACACAAGAAGUAUACUGGGAAGUCUGCUUGAUUUUGCCCUCAAUUGGAAUAGUUUGCUGCUCUCCAUCACACUAUACAGUGCCAGACCUUUAACGCUGAACGUGCUUAUCAUCUUGCCAUGCCUUGCGCUCAGCUUCAUCAAGUGGAAGAAAGGGAAUGAGCCUAGUAACAGACACAUUAGAGGAGCCUUGUCUCUUCAAUCGCUGUCAGUGAAACAGUUUCUUCCUCAUAAACCAUUUAUAACUGUUUAUCGGUCGCAAAUGAUGGUCAUAACCUGUCUUGCCAUUUUGGCCGUGGACUUCAAGAUAUUUCCAAGGCGAUUUGCCAAGGUUGAGACUUGGGGAACAAGUUUGAUGGAUUUGGGCGUUGGUUCUUUUGUCUUUUCAAUGGGGCUAGUGAGUUGCCGCUCCGUAUUAGCUGCAACUUUUACAAAAUCCAAAACAUUCACUGCCUCCCAGCUUAUUCACACGUUGGUCGGAGUCACUCCAGUUUUUGUUCUUGGCCUGUUCCGGUCAAUAUCUGUUAAAUCUUUGGAUUAUCAGGAACAUGUCACUGAAUACGGUAAGCAUUGGAAUUUCUUUUUUACCUUAGGCUUUCUUCCACCUAUUGCUGUUUUACUGUCCCCAUUGACAAAGUUCAUCCCGCACUUUUGGUUAAGUUUACUGAUUGGUGGUUUCUACGAGUUUAUCUUGGUAAACACCAAUCUUUUGCACUAUAUUUUACUGGCUCCAAGAGUUGACCUGAUCAGUGACAACAAAGAGGGAAUUUUCAGUUUGUUCGGUUAUCUUUCUAUCUUUCUGGGUGGACAAGCAACCGGAUUAUUCCUUCUUCCAGUGUGCAAAACUAGAAACAAUUUGUUUUGGCCGAGCUCCAAGAAUGAAGUGGUUCGUUUUCAAUCAUCGCCUCACCCUUUCAAAUUAUUAUCCCUUUCAGUUUCACCUUUUCAAGGCUUAGUGUACUUGGCAACCUUCUAUCACGUCUCAUUCUAUGUCAUAAACACAUGCUACAUUUAUACUGUCAGUCGAAGAGUUGCCAAUCUUCUCUACAUUUUGUGGGUUUGUGGCUACAACACAACGUUCUUGGCGGGUUAUGUACUAGUAGACCAAUAUUUUUGGCCGAACAGCGAUGUCAAGUUUACAGACCAACCAUUGACUCCUCUUCAAGAAGAAAGAUACAACAACGUUUCCAAAUUGAUAUAUGUGCAAAGAACCCCUCCAAUAUUGCACGCUUUGAACAAUAAUAGUUUGUUGAUAUUUUUGGCUGCAAAUUUGUCAACAGGUGUUAUCAAUAUGGCAUUGAACACUUUGGAUUGCACUGAUGGAAAAGCUAUUGUUGUUCUGAUAGGCUAUGAACUAUUCCUUGCAUCGUUAUCUGGUCUGCUUCUGUAUUUUAACAUUGUUAUUCGUUGA